AUGGCUUUCUUUAAGCAGGUCCGGACUCUAAUGUCCAAGAAUUUCCGGUAUCUGCUCUUCCGCCACCUCACAAAGGUCAUCGUCAUGGCCUUCCUCGUGCCAAUCAUCCUGGCCGCCUUCUUCAGCUUUGCAAAGAACCUCUUCGUCCCACCUGCAAUUUUCGGCUUCGGAGAGAUUCAUCCUAUCAAAACUCUAUCGCAAGCUUUCGACGCUGCUUUUAACAGUGGCCGGUACAAAGUCGUGCUUGUCGACAACGGAUUCACAGGAGGGAGCAUAGAGAAUGUGCUGGAUCAGCUUCAUACGCAGAUAACAGCACAGGGGCCUUGGAUCGACGUCGUCAGAACAAACAGCGAAGAUACACUGGUCACCGAGUGUCGAAGCAGCCUGCGAGGAGUUACAACCUGCUUUGGGGCUGUCGUCAUGCGGUCGUCGCCAAAUGAGGGAGACGGUGGUCUAUGGAACUACACCAUUCGCACGGAUGCCGAGAUGUCCGACAGCCCCCUCAAGAUCAACGUUGACAAGUCUGACAAUCCCGAAGAGGUCUAUCUUUUACCUAUUCAACGCACCAUAGAUGGUCUCAUUGCCGGUCUGAACAGCACCGAGGCGGCACAGGCUCUUGCCAACACUCAGGAGAUGCCCUUCACCAACUUGACCCAGAAAGAGAGAGCAAAAAAAGUGAGGGCAAUCUUUCACAAAGCUAUUGUGAAUUUUAUGGGAGUUGCCUUCAUUGCCUCCGUCAUUUGGAUCACAUACCACCUGACUGGCCACAUUGCUACCGAACGUGAAACUGGCAUGUCGCAGCUUCUGGAUGCCAUGAUGCCUGUUAGCAAGCCGUGGAUGUCACUGGCAGCCCGUAUCAUCUCCCACCAUCUCUCUUUCUCCAUCAUCUAUUUGCCGGCGUGGGUUAUAGGAUCCGCCAUUGUGAAAUAUGGCGUGUUUUUCUACACCAAUCUUGCCAUUGUUCUCCUCUUCCACAUCACCGCAGGUCUUGCUCUUGCGUCUAUGUCUAUCCUGUUUGCCUCCUUCUUUAAGAAGGCCCAGCUCAGUGGCAUUACCGCUAUUCUUGUCAUCCUCUUGCUUGGCAUUCUGGCCCAAUCUCUCACUCAGCCCUCAACGGGACCUGUGGUGAUUUUGUCAGUGCUCUUUUCGCCAUGUGCCUAUGUCUACUUCAUCACCCUCAUGUCUCGCUUUGAGAAGCAAAAUAGGCCAACAAACCUUGUCGAAAUAGCCCCCGACAGCCCCUGGAAGCUUCCAGUAAUCGAGCAGCACCUCUAUGGUACCUCCACGGAAGGCCGCAGCAUAUUAAAGGCUGGGGAUGGAAGUCUUGGCGAGGUUGCUGUCAAACUUGACAAAUUCACCAAGAUUUACAAACCUAGCUUCUUUUCGCGCGUGUUUGCAAUGGGUUCCAAACCUAAAGAGCCUGUUGUAGCCGUCAACGGGCUUAGUUUCGACGUCAGAAAGGGACAAAUUGUCGCCCUUUUGGGUGCCAACGGAAGCGGCAAAAGCACAACCUUGGAUGCAAUUGCAGGACUGAAUAAGCUUACCAGCGGAUCAAUUACGAUCGACGGCAAAGGCGGCCUUGGUAUUGCACCGCAAAAGAACGUCAUAUGGGACGACUUAACGGUCGAGGAGCAUCUCAUCAUUUUCGGCAAGCUCAAAUCACCAUAUGCACCGGCAACCAAAGAACAGAUUACCGAAUUAAUCGACUCUAUCGACCUCGUCCAUAAACGAAAGGCUCUAGCUAAAACUUUGUCUGGAGGUCAGAAGCGAAAGCUGCAGCUUGGAAUGAUGUUAGUCGGCGGAAGUGCUGUUUGCUGUGUGGAUGAAGUGAGCAGCGGCAUCGAUCCCCUAUCUCGACGCAAACUCUGGGAUAUUCUGCUGGCUGAGAGAGGAAAGAGGACUUUGAUUCUGACUACGCAUUUUCUGGACGAGGCCGACCUUCUUGCUGAUCACAUUGCCAUCUUGUCCAAGGGAACACUGCGGGCUGAAGGUUCGUCUGUGGAGCUCAAGGAUACACUUGGAGGUGGUUACAGAGUCAACGUACACAAGAACCCGGAUAUCAGAGGAACUCCUAAUAUCGCUGGCGUGAGAAAGAAGGAUGCUUUUGACCUGAUCACCUAUGUCGCCCCAACGUCUAGACUAGCUGCGGAGGUCAUCAGGGCACUACAGAAGGAGAAUAUCACGGAUUAUCGCUUCUCUGGUCCCACUAUUGAAGACGUAUUCCUGCAAGUUGCGGAGGAAAUCAGAGACGAAGAAAUCUUCCGGGAGACCGAGACCAUCGUCGAGAAAAUGCCAAUCAAAGAUGACAGCAGCUUUUCGCGGGAUUCCUCCAGUCCGAAUAUGGGACAGGGGCUUGGCCUAAAGCUUCUUGAUGGCAAACGAUUGGGCUACUUCGAACAAGCCGUCAUCCUGUUCAAGAAGCGUUGGACAGUACUAAAGAGAAAUUGGAUUCUUUAUGCCAUUGCCUUCCUGCUUCCCAUCAUGGCGGCAGGAUUAACUUCUCUUUUCGUCAAAAACCAAGAGCCGACAGGUUGCAGGCCCACUGACCAGGCCUCGACCUCUGAUACUGAGGACGCAUUUACUCAAAUCGGUGACGGUGAUAGCCUCGUUUUCCUUGCCGGGCCAUCUAGCAAAUUCAAUCAGACGCUGAUUUCGAAUCUAUUCCAACCCAUCUUUGGUAUCAACCCUAGCCCCAUUCUCAGCAUCGCUGCGUCUUCUCUUAGCAACCUUCACCUCGUCGAAACCUUUGAUGAAUUCAAUCAGUUUGUUCGAGACAACAGCAAAAACCUCACUACAGGUCUUUGGCUUGGCGACGCCAACACAAAUCCCACCGUUGCCUGGGUUGGUAACGUGUUUGUUACGAGCCCACUUACGGCUCAGCAAUUCCUCGACGUGAUGCUGACGAACACUACGAUUGCUACAUCAUGGUCUUCCUUUGACGUUCCUUUCAACUCCUCCAUCGGAAAAGCUCUCAAUUUGGUCAUCUAUAUGGGCUUGGCGCUCUCUUGCUACCCAGCAUUCUUCGCUCUGUAUCCGAGUAACGAGCGCAGGCGAUUUGUGCGCAGCUUGCAGUACUCCAACGGCGUCAGGCCAUUUCCCCUGUGGGUGGCCUAUCUCUUAUUUGACUUUAUAAUGGCCCUGGUCAGCUCCGCAAUUGUCACCGCUCUAUGGGCUGGAUUGUCAAAUGUUUGGUUCCACAUUGAAUAUGUCUUUGUGGUGCUCUUUUUGUAUGGCCUGGCUUCGAUCUUGGUGUCAUAUAUGGUAUCUCUGUUCACCAAGUCGCAGCUAGCCACGUUUGCCUGGGCGGCUGCCGGGCAGGCGGUUUUCUUCCUCGGCUACUUGAUCGCCUAUGUCUGUGUCAUUACAUAUGUCGAGGUCUCCAAGAUUGACAACACACUUUUGGUCUGCCAUUUUGUCAUCUCAGCAUUCAUGCCUGUCGGCUCGGUGACUCGAGCACUAUUCCUCGCAACAAACCUCUUCUCUACUGCUUGCGAUGGCAACGAGCUUUCUACAAACCCCAGCGGCCUCAAGGCGUAUGGAGGUCCUAUCCUUUAUCUCAUUAUCCAGUGCAUCAUUCUAUUCGGACUAUUACUUUGGUUUGACAGCGGAAAUGCAGAUGAGGAAGUGAUGCAAGAAGAGCUUAGGAUUGCGAAUUCUGCGGAAGAUGACGGCCUCAAAGUUUUGCACUUGACAAAGUCAUUCGGGAAGAACCUCGCGGUGGACAACGUGAGCUUUGGCGUGAAACGUGGCGAAGUCUUUGCCCUCUUGGGUCCAAAUGGAGCAGGCAAAUCCACCACCAUUUCACUCAUUCGGGGUGACCUCAAGCCAAACCUCAAUGGCGGAGACAUCUUUAUUGAAGACGUGUCUGUGACAAAGAAUCUGGCUGGUGCGAGAGCAAACCUUGGUGUUUGUCCCCAAAUCGACGCCUUGGAUCAGAUGACUGUUAGAGAACAUCUGGAAUUCUAUGCCCAGGUUCGGGGCAUUCCUAAUAUCGAGCAUAAUGUCACCGCAGUUCUACAAGCCGUUGGCCUCAGCUCUUUUUCAACACGCAUGGCAGCCGCCCUUUCAGGCGGCAACAAGCGCAAGCUGAGUCUGGGAAUUGCUCUCAUGGGCAACCCCGGUGUCGUCUUACUUGAUGAGCCCUCGUCAGGUUUAGAUGCCGCAUCGAAGCGAGUCAUGUGGAAGACACUCCAGGCCACGGUCCCGGGCCGAUCCAUCCUGUUGACAACACACAGCAUGGAAGAGGCCGACGCGUUGGCUGGUCGUGCUGGCAUUCUAGCCGGACGAAUGCUCGCUCUCGGUACACCUGAUGACCUGCGGCAUCGCUUCGGUGACGCCCUACAUGUGCAUCUUGUGUCGAGCACAGCCCCCAGGACAACAAAAGAGGAGAUGGAAGCCAUCACGUCGUGGAUUCUCGAUACACUACCUACAGCCAAGCUUGAGUCGAAGAUGUACCAUGGACAGCUGCGAUUCUCAGUUCUCUCGAGCCAAGUUCUUGCUUUCACCAAAGGUCCAGGUGCCGACGAUGUGACACCCGUUGGACAUGAUAUCAGCCAAGGAGCCAUUGGCCGACUCGUCGUCCUACUGGAAGAGAACAAGACUCGCCUUGGUGUUGAGCACUACAGCGUCAGCACUACGACUCUUGACCAGGUCUUUUUGGAUAUUGUUGGUCAGCACAAUAUCCAGGAGGAGAAUCACGAGACGAAGCCAGGCUUUUUGAAACGAAUGCUGAAGUUCAGAAAAUCUUGA